AGAAAUCGGGAUUUACAUCCAUCCGCUCUAAAGGAACUGAAACCAGAGCGAAAAUGGGACGAAAGGUUGUGCAGUCGUUCUUCCUUACACUCAACAUGCUUCUCCGGGUGGCUUUAGGUGCCUUUCCCAGCAACGUUCAGAUAGGAGGGUUGUUCGCAAGAAGUACAGAUCAGGAAAAUAGCGCCUUCCGAUUCGGGAUUUACCUCCACAACACCAACCCAAACAUCUCCGAAGCCCCGUUCGCCCUCACCCCACAUGUCGACAAUCUCGAGUCGUCCAACAGUUUCUCGGUGACCAAUGCCUUCUGUUCGCAGUACUCCAAAGGAGUUUACGCCAUUUUCGGCUUCUACGACAAGAGAUCUGUGAACACGCUAACAUCGUUCUGCGGCGCCCUGCACACUUCCUUCAUCACGCCAAGCUUCCCCACGGAAGGCGAAGUCCAGUUCGUCAUUCAGCUGCGGCCACCACUGCAUGGAGCGCUCUUAAGCCUUCUAACGCACUACAAGUGGGAGAGAUUUGUCUAUCUGUACGAUACAGACCGAGGAUAUUCCAUUUUGCAAGUCAUUAUGGAGGCUGCCGUGCAGAAUAACUGGCAGGUGACGGCCAAGUCGGUCGGCAGCAUCACCAACCUGGUGGAAUACAGGCGCAUCUUUGAGGAAAUGGACAAGCGGCAAGAAAGAAGAUAUUUAAUAGACUGUGAAUUGAACAGACUUAACGCCAUUAUGGAUCAGGCUGUAAACGUUGGCAAAAACAUCAGAGGUUACCAUUACAUGUUGGCCACUCUGGGCUUCUCCGAUCUUGUACUGGAUAAAUUUAUUGAGACGGGAGUCAAUGUAACUGGCUUUCAGCUUGUGAAUUACGAGGACCCAAUGGUUCAGAAAUUCAUGCAGAGAUGGACAAAGCUGGAUCAGAGAGAGUACCCAGGAACAGCUGCUACCAAUCUGAAGUUUACUGCUGCCUUGACAUACGACGGGAUAUUCGUCAUCGCGGACGCUUUUCGUUAUCUACGGAAACAGCGGAUCGAUAUCUCAAGAAGAGUAACUACUGGAGACUGUUUAGCCAACCCUGCCGUACCUUGGAGUCAAGGAAUUGAUAUAGAACGAGCUUUGAAGCAGGUUCGAGGUCGAGGGCUAACGGGCAACCUGCAAUUUGACAACUAUGGGCGAAGAUCAAACUACACCAUCGACGUUUAUGAGCUCAGACCUACUGGUCCUCGGAAGAUCGGGCACUGGAAUGAAUAUGAAAGACUCGUGACUAUUGCCGAAAUACAGCAGGUCAAUGAAUCGACUUCUGCUGAAAACAGAACCAUAGUGGUCACCACAAUCAUGGAAUCACCGUAUGUAAUGCUGAAGAAAAAUCAUGAACAGUUUGGUGCAAAUGAUAGAUAUGAAGGCUAUUGUGUGGAUUUAGCUUUUGAAAUAGCCAAGCAUGUUGGCAUUAAAUAUAAACUCUCUGUUGUCCCUGAUGGUAAAUACGGAGCUAGAGACCCUGAAACUAAAAUCUGGAAUGGAAUGGUGGGGGAGCUGGUGUAUGGGAGAGCUGACAUUGCUGUAGCACCACUCACUAUAACUUUGGUUCGAGAAGAAAGCAUUGACUUUUCCAAACCGUUCAUGAGUCUCGGUAUUUCAAUAAUGAUAAAGAAGCCCCAAAAGUCCAAACCGGGAGUGUUCUCUUUUCUGGACCCUUUGGCUUAUGAGAUUUGGAUGUGCAUAGUCUUCGCCUACAUUGGAGUCAGCGUAGUCCUUUUUUUGGUCAGCCGGUUCAGUCCUUAUGAAUGGCACAUGGAAGAAAAUGAAGAAGGACGCGAUCCCCAAAACACUGAGCCACCUAAUGAGUUUGGGAUAUUUAAUAGUCUCUGGUUCUCUCUGGGUGCCUUUAUGCAGCAAGGAUGCGAUAUUUCACCAAGAUCUCUGUCGGGGCGAAUUGUUGGAGGUGUCUGGUGGUUCUUCACCUUGAUUAUAAUCUCAUCAUACACUGCCAACCUCGCUGCUUUUCUCACUGUGGAGCGAAUGGUUUCCCCUAUAGAAAGUGCGGAGGAUCUUGCGAAACAGACAGAAAUCGCUUACGGGACUUUGGAUUCAGGCUCCACCAAAGAAUUUUUCAGACGUUCAAAAAUAGCGGUGUACGAGAAAAUGUGGUCCUACAUGAAGUCUGCCGAACCCUCCGUGUUCACCAAAACGACAGCCGACGGCGUUGCCAAAGUGCGGAAAUCAAAAGGAAAGUUUGCCUUCUUGCUCGAGUCUACGAUGAACGAAUACAUUGAGCAGAGGAAGCCCUGCGACACCAUGAAAGUAGGAGGGAACCUUGAUUCGAAAGGCUAUGGAGUGGCAACACCAAAAGGAGCAUCAUUAAGAACACCUGUAAACCUUGCAGUAUUGAAACUCAGUGAGCAAGGCGUCUUAGACAAGCUGAAAAACAAAUGGUGGUACGAUAAGGGUGAAUGUGGAAGCAAGGACUCCGGAAGCAAGGACAAAACGAGCGCUCUGAGCCUGAGCAACGUGGCUGGUGUCUUCUACAUUUUGGUCGGAGGCCUUGGUCUGGCCAUGAUGGUGGCUUUAAUAGAAUUCUGUUACAAGUCGCGAGCUGAAGCGAAGACAAUGAAGGUGGCAAAGAGUGCACAGAAUUUUAAGCCAGCUCCCACACAAAAUACCCAGAAUUUUGCGACAUAUAGAGAAGGUUACAACGUAUAUGGGACCGAAAGUGUUAAAAUCUAGGGGUAGGAGUGAGGUCCUAAUACUCUGACCUAUGCUGAUGCCCUGCGAAACAAAGGAAUACUAUCGGUAUUUGGGAGCAUUGGAGAGAAUGGCAGUGCCAUGACCCCUGACUACCUGUGAUCACUGCACGCUGUACCAGGUGUCAGACAUGGUACCAGAGGGGCUGAUGGUGCACCAACCCUUUCAUAAAUAACUGAAUACUCCUUCAGUGCCUUAUGGAACAACAUGGAGAAUUACAACAAUGCAACUCAUUCAGAAUCACAAUAAGCAUCUAGCUUGCUUGAAAAUACAGGGCAGAGUCUAAAACAAAAAGAGUCAAGCUUCUCUGUGAAAUUAUAUACUGGAAUAAAAACAAUUUAGCCAUCAUUUGAUAACACAAGUUUUGCAGAGGAAAGGUUUCAUGUAUUAAAAUAUCUGAACAUUAACAUUAGGAAGUAUUAACUUUGAGUGCCAAUGUGUUAUUUAAGUCAGAAAUUGGCAACGCACUCAAAGGGCUCAAGACGUAGGCAAAUAAAAUGAAAUCUAAAACGGUUCCUUCAAUAACUGAUUAACAGAAAUAGCAGCUAUUUAACUUAUGUUCAUCGCAAAGUACAGUGGCAAAAUUCUACAUGACAUCUUUUCCGUGGAGGGAAGAGAGCAUAAUUCUAAUUUUUUUUUAAUACAACCCAAGCUAUUCAGUAACGUACCUAUAUAUUAAGUUAAUAAUACAACAUGUUGGGGAUUCAGUGGGUUAACAUCCAGUCUGUGGAGGAGAUGAUUGUCAGGAUAUCAAACAGAAUGUGAACGGUCACAUCCGAUGAAAUGGCCUACUUUUACAUAGGCCCAAACAUGUUUAACCUUUUCCUCUCCGAAUACUCUCAAGAGCCUGAUCACUAGGAAGAUGUGAAUCUAUAGAGACCUGAUCAGGUGAGAAGGGGUUAUUCCGAGUUCUACACACAAAGUGUCUAUAGAAAACAAAAUGAUCUUUUUAAAGGACUAUAUGAACAGAGGUGAUGUAGAUUUAUCGGCCUGUCAGUUUUCAAGGUUGAAGCCUUCACAGAGGUGAAGGAUUUGAGUUAAUUUUCGUUCUUUUCAACAAACUUGCAUGUACAAAAGUAAUUGCCGCCACCUCCCGCUUUUAAUGUCAAGCUGUUAGUCACAAAUACUUUUUUUUUUGUUAAAACUGCACAUCGCCAAACACAGAAAUGUUAAUGAUUAAAAUAACAAAUAUUUAAAAGCAUAAAGAUGCAUGAGUGAUGGGACAACCGUUACAGAGCCUCAGAAAUGAGGUAUUGUAAAAGAAAGGAGUUUUAAUACAUUUUGUAAAUAAACUGUAUAGAAAAAAAAGGAAUUUGCAAAUGUCUUACCAAA